AUGUCUAGACUUGAUGCGCAGCCAUACGGCGAUUGGUCUGGGUGCCAUGCUGUCGCGUGGGACGCCAAUGUCAACCCAAGCAUGGGCGACCGCGUGGCCUCCAACGAGCAUACCAAGUCCGGCUAUCCACUCGGGCUCAUGCUCAAUACUGACGGAAGGCGGUUUGUGGAUGAGGGUGCCGACUUGCGCAACUAUACAUAUGCCGAAUAUGGCCGAGCAGUUCUUGGGCAACCUGAUCACGUUGCGUUCCAGGUUUGGGACUCACGAGUGGCGUCCAUGCUUCGUUCCGAGGAAUACCGCGAGGAAAGAGUUGAGCGUAUCACGGCCAAUUCCAUUGAGGAGCUCUCUGAAAAGUGCUUGGCACGUGGACUACGGAACAGGGCAAACUUUGUCCAGACAAUUCGGGACUACAAUGAGGCGGUGUACGCCAACAGACAAGAGACCUCUUCGUGCCCCCGGAAGUUCAACCCUGCUAUAAGGGAUGGGUUAUCGACCUUGUCGUCAUCGAAGAGUGUCGACCCUCCGAAGACGAAUUGGGCCCUUCCACUGGACAAAGGUCCCUUCCUCGCAGUGAAGGUUACCUGCGGGAUCACGUUCACUUUUGGCGGACUCAAACUGUCGGCAGAUACGUCACAAAUCAUCAACUCGAUCAAUGGCAAGCCUAUACCUGGAUUCUACUGCUGUGGAGAAAUGCUUGGUGGUCUUUUCUAUCACAAUUAUCCUGGGGGCAGUGGUUUGACCUCGGGCGCGGUGUUCGGUCGCCGCGCCGGCCAAGCCGCUGCACGAAGAGUGUUGGCUAUUCGGCAGGGUCGAUCCUAUCCAGGAAAGCUGUGA